AUGUCUGCAAAGCUCGCAUCUGACUACGCUGCCUGGAAGAAGCUCCAGCAGCUGUACGACACAGAGAAGGAUCAGCUUGUCCUCAAGGACCUCUUCGCUGCCGACCCCGCCCGCUUCUCCAGCUUCUCCAAGGAAUACACCGCCGCCUCUGACCCCACCAACACCUUCCUCCUCGACUAUUCCAAGAACCUGAUCACCCAGCCUGUCCUCGCAACCCUCCUCGAUCUCGUCCGCGAGGCCGGCGUUGAGCAGGUCCGUGACAAGAUGUUCGCCGGCGAGCACAUCAACACCAGUGAGGACCGCGCCGUCCUCCACGUCGCCCUCCGCAGCUUCGGCUCCCUAAACACGACUGAGGCUGGUGUUGCCGAGGUCGCGCCCGUCUUGAAGCACAUCAAGGAGUUCACCGACGCCGUCCGUAGCGGCGCUUGGAAGGGCUACACGGGCAAGACAAUUACCACCAUCGUCAACAUCGGCAUCGGUGGAUCCGAUCUUGGCCCCGUCAUGGUCACCGAAGCCCUGCGCCACUACGCCAAGCGCGACCUCACAGCUCACUUUGUCUCUAACAUUGACGGCACCCACCUUGCGGAGACCCUCCGCGCGUGCGACCCCGAGCGUACACUCUUCAUCAUCGCCAGCAAGACCUUCACUACCCAGGAGACUAUCACGAACGCGGAGAGUGCCCGCGCCUGGUUCCUCGAUGCCGUCGGCGGACCCAGCGCCGCCACUCACGUCGCGAAGCACUUCGUCGCCCUCAGCACGAACGAGAAGGCUGUCACCGCGUUCGGCAUCGCAAAGGAGAACAUGUUCGGCUUCUGGGACUGGGUUGGCGGCCGCUACAGCCUCUGGAGCGCAAUUGGCCUCUCGAUCGCGCUUGUGAUCGGAUACGAGCACUUUGAGGCUCUCCUUCGUGGCGCGCACGACAUGGACGCUCACUUCCGCACCGCCCCUCUCAAGGAAAACCUUCCCGUGCUCCUCGCCGUCAUCGGGAUCUGGUACAACGACUUCUACGGCGCCCAGACGCACGCGCUGCUCCCGUACGAUCAGUACAUGCACAAGUUCGCGGACUACUUCCAGCAGGGCGACAUGGAGUCUAACGGCAAGUUCACUACUAAAGGUGGUAAGCGUGUCGACUAUCAGACCGGCCCAAUUAUCUGGGGCGCGGCCGGCACAAACGGACAGCACUCGUUCUACCAGCUGCUGCACCAGGGUACGAAGCUCAUCCCGACGGACUUCCUUGCCCCUGCGACGUCGCACAAUCCACUCCGUGGCUCCCUGCACCACCGCAUCCUGCUCAGCAACUACUUCGCGCAGCCCGAGGCGCUCGCGUUCGGCAAGACCGAGGAGCAGGUCCGCCAGGAGGUGGGCCCGGGAGCGAGCGAAGCGCUCGUGAAAAGCAAGGUUUUCGAGGGCAACAGGCCGAGCAACAGCAUCCUCUUCCCGCUGCUCACGCCCGCGACCCUCGGCUCACUCAUCGCGCUCUACGAGCACAAGAUUUUCACGCAGGGCGUCAUCUGGGGGAUCAACUCGUUCGACCAGAUGGGCGUCGAGCUCGGCAAGGUUCUCGCGAAGAACAUCUUGGCGCAGCUGGAGAAGCCUGCGGACGUCAAGGGCCACGACAGCUCGACCACUGGCCUCAUCCACUAUUACCAGAAGCACCGCAAAGAGUGA